AUGGCGACGCCUCCUGUGGCUAGCUCAUCUGCUAAUGACUCGAGGCUUGGUGUGUUCUCCUUUCUUGUAGAGAAAAUCACGUUCAAGCACGCGCCGUCGCCCCAGGAGUUUAACGAGGGAGACGACGCCAUCAUCGUGUGUGACGUGUUCAGCUCGCCCCCCCCCCACAUCAUAUGGAAACACAAAGGAACCAAGAUUCAGGUGGAGAAGGACGUCCGCUUUAAGGUCCUGCCCAACAACCACCUCCAGAUCCGCGGCAUCAAGAAGACGGACGAGGGCACCUACACGUGCGAGGCCCGCAUCAUGGCGCGCGGAGAGAUCGACCUCAGGCCCAUCAGGGUGGUCAUCAACGUGCUGCCCACCAUCCGGAUCAGACACCAGGAGGUGAACGCCACCGGAGAGGGGGGGCUUUCCACCGUGCUGGCCUGCGACGCAGAUGGAUUCCCUGAGCCUAUAGUCACAUGGGCCAGGAGCUCGGUGUUGCUGGAGGAAGGGGACAAGUACAGCUUCAGCGAGGACGGCGCCGAGAUGACCAUCAGGGACGUGCGCAAGCUGGACGAGGGAGAGUACACUUGCAUCGCCUCCAACAAGGCUGGGAAGAGCGACCAGGAGCUCAGCCUCAGGGUGUUUGUGAAGCCCAAGAUCACAUUCCUGGAGAACCAGACCACCACAGAGAUGGAGGAGCAGAUCGCCCUCACCUGCGACGCCACCGGAGACCCCACCCCCACCAUCACCUGGAGCUUCGGCCAACGCGUCUUCACCGAGGGAGAGCAGGCCUCAUGGACUCGGACAGAGGAGCAUAAGAGCUCGGACGGGAACGUGGUGGUGCGGAGCGACGCACGGGUCUCCUCGCUCACGCUGAAGUACGCCCAGUACACGGACGCCGGCCAGUACGUCUGCACCGCACGCAACGCCAUCGGACACGACUCACAGUCCAUGUUCCUGGAAGUCAGAUGUAAGAGUCACACCCUCACACACACACACACACACACACCGGCCAGUAUGUCUGCACCCCGCACGCAACACCAUCUGGCACAACACACAGGCCAUAUACCUAGAAUUUUGAUGGAAGAGUUACGCUCACUCAUACACACUCACACACACACAUACAUCUAACAUAAACACACCUAACAUA